AAUCGCGUUUGCUCCUCGAUUUGCGGAUGAAGAGCAACGUUUGCCGUCUCUUUUGGGUCCGCUGCUGAGAAGUUCGUCCAAUGGCCUUCAAGUGCCAGCGGGAGAGCUGGCUCCAGCAGUUUACUACACGGGUGGUCUCCUGCUGUCCUGCAGAGUUGUCCACAGAGACAGGAGGAAAGAAAGAGAUCCUGCAGGGAUAUCAUGUCAUUUUGGAAGACACAAUUCUUUUCCCAGAGGGUGGAGGCCAGCCUGAUGAUCGGGGAUUUAUUAAUGACACCCCAGUGCUUAGAGUCACCCGACAAGGUCCAGAUGCUCUACAUUUCAUCCAGAUUCCCCUUGAGCCAGGGAGUGAAGUGCAGCUAGUGCUGGAUUGGGACCGGCGGUUUGAUCACAUGCAGCAGCAUUCAGGGCAACAUCUUAUCACAGCACUUGCAGAUCUGAUGUUUGGCUUCAAGACAACAUCAUGGGAAUUGGGUCAUCUGCGAAGUACCAUUGAAUUGGACACCCCCUCAAUGGCAGCCGAUCAGGUGGCAGCCCUUGAGCAGAGUGUGAAUGAGAAGAUCCGGGCCCGAGUUCCAGUGGUGGUGCGGGAGCUUGUGGUGGGUGACCCUGACGUUGAGCUGGUGAGGAGCCGUGGCUUGCCAGACGAUCAUACUGGGCCUGUUCGGAUAAUAAGCAUUGAGGGCAUUGAUGCCAACAUGUGUUGUGGCACCCAUGUCUCCAAUCUCAGUGACCUCCAGGUUAUUAAGCUCCUGGGUACUGAAAAAGGGAAGAAGAACAAGACUAACUUAGUUUUCCUAGCUGGGAACAGAGUGCUGAAAACCUUAGAGCGAAGUCAUGCCACGGAGAAGGCCCUGACAUCAUUGCUUAAGAAUGGCCCCGAAGAGCACGUGGAGGCUGUGAAGAGGCUGCAGAAUUCUCUGAAGCAGCUUCAGAAGAAUAACUUGACUCUUUUGAGAGACUUGGCUGUCCUUACUGCACAGACCAUCAAAAGCAACGGGCCUCGAGAACCACUUUUUGUGCUACACAGGAAAGAUGGUGAUUCUGAAUUCAUGAACAUCAUAGCAAAUGAGAUUGGAACUGAGGAAACCCUCCUUUUCCUAUCUGUGGGAGAUGAAAAAGCAGCUGGGCUUUUUCUGCUUGCAGGACCCCCUGAAACAGUGGAGAAACUUGGCCCUAGGGUGGCUGAAAUCCUGGAAGGAAAAGGGGCAGGAAAGCGUGGCCGCUAUCAAGGCAAAGCCUCACGAAUGAGCCGGCGGACAGAAGUGGAAGCCCUCCUCCAAGAGUUUGUCAAUGAGCAGAGAACAGAGCAAUGACUGGGAUGGAGGACUAGACAAGUAGUGUGCAAAUGUUAGGGGGAAAGGUUUUGGCAACAGUCCUCUAUAAGGACUAUGAAGUAACAUAACAGGAAUCUCCCUUGCUGUGUGUUCUCGUAUCAUGCAUGCCAGGUUCAGCACAUAAUAUAUGCAGAGAGGAGUAGGACUGGGAUGGAAAGUUCUCUUGGGGGCAAAAUCUGUAAAACUGAAGAGCAAGGUACCAAGAAAGCAUACCUGGGUGUGUGGGUGGGAGGAGGUCUUCCCUCCAGAAGCAACUUCCCCAUGCAUCAAGGCUUUCACAGUUCUGAGAGAAGCAUUCUGAAGACAGAAAUUCUUCCUGAUUUUUCAUGUGUCAGAAUUGUUCAGUUAUGCCUUCCAAUUGAGCACCGCAAGAUUUUGCUGCCGCCAUUCUUUCUAGCCUGGGAUGGGCAACUGUUGGCCUCCAGAUAUUUCUGGACUCAACUCCCAUAAGCCAUUGUUAAUUCUGGCUGGAGACUGAUGAGAGUUGUAAGCCAAAAGCAUCUAUAGGAUCUCCAUUGCCACCUCUGUUCUAAUCAUUUCAUCUGUGCCUGCAUAUUUCCCUCCCCCCCAGGAGUAUCACUUAGGGUGAAGGGCAUUAAUCCCCCAACCUUGUACCUCUGGAUCAAACAAGCUGAAGCUGAUAGUUGCUUCCUUCCCAUAUUUCACCAUGGGUCAAGCAGCAAGCAGUGUGAAUUAUGGCACAUAGCAGCUGAGAUUCCUGAAAAACAGGAAUGCUAAAUGCUUGUAAUAUUAGGUCUUGUUAUGGGCUGCCCUACAUCCUGUACAUAGCAGUCAGACUAAAAUUUUAGGGUGAAUGAGACAAAUACGUUUAGUGCACAAAAUCUUGCUGAGAGUUACCUGGGUCAUAUGCAAGUUCUUGAAUAAAACAAUCCUGCAGAA